AUGGGAGGCUCCUUGUCUCGUAUGUGGUCCUUCCUCUGGACGAAGAAGGAGAUUCGCAUCCUCAUCCUCGGUUUGGAUAACGCCGGAAAAACAACCCUUCUAUACAGACUCAAGAUUGGUGAAGUUGUUACUACGAUACCAACCAUUGGUUUCAACGUGGAAUCGGUGACGUAUCGCAACCUGAAUUUCAAUGUCUGGGAUCUCGGAGGUCAAACAUCCAUUCGGCCCUACUGGCGCUGCUACUAUGCGAACACCGCUGCUGUCAUAUUCGUCAUUGAUUCCACAGAUAUUGAACGUCUCAGUACGGCUGCCGACGAACUAGCGGCCAUGCUGAAUGAGGAGGAGCUUAGUGAUGCGGCGCUGUUGGUAUUUGCCAAUAAGCAGGACCAGCCUGGCGCCAAAGGCGCCGGCGAGAUAUCAGAGGCUCUCAAGCUGGGAGAGCUACGGGAUAGAAACUGGAGCAUCGUCGCAUGCUCUGCUAUCGACGGUAAAGGUCUUAACGAAGGCAUGGAUUGGCUGGUGCAAACUCUACAGUCUGAAAAUGCAUGAGCGACGGUGUUAUUGUACCAUCUCAUAGAUUUCUUCGGAUAUAUGUUCUCGUUUCCAGGUGGUAGGGAUCGGCUGCUUCCUGAACGCUUUCUCGUUCUUCCUUGGUGUCUUUCACUUAUCCCCACUUUUACAUCCUCUUUUCUCUUGCAACUCUGUUCAGGGCUCAUGUCGUUUAUACAGUAUACCUUUUUGAUAUCGAAACCUUCACACUUAGUAUAAUAUCAUAAUUAUUUGAAAUGACUGGAUGUAUUCUACAUCAAUGAUUUACGCCGCUCUUAUUCUAUGAUUAGGUUGAAGUUGCAGGAUUCCUCCAACUUUGGUGCAUAGAUGUGAAGACUUUAGCCAAAGGAUAUUAAGAGAUGUUCCCAGGUGUAUAUCGAAAGUAUCAUUUAAG